AGUAUUUUCAGAGCAUCUCUCUCUGCUUAUAUCCCUUCCAUGGCCGUCUCGUUUAAAAUGUCUGUCGUUUUGAGUUUCUUCGUGGGUCUCACGGUUCUGGGUUUGGCAAACUCGGCUCAGUUCCAUGAGCUUUUUCUACCCGGUUGGGCUAACGAUCACUUCGUCUAUGAAGGAGACCUUCUUAAGCUCAAACUCGAUAACUAUUCUGGCGCUGGGUUUGCAUCAAAAAGCAAGUAUUUGUUCGGGAAAGUUUCCAUGCAGAUUAAGCUUGUAGAAGGUGACUCUGCCGGAACUGUCACUGCUUACUAUAUGUCAUCGGAUGGUCCAUAUCACAAUGAGUUUGAUUUCGAGUUCCUGGGCAAUACAACAGGUGAACCUUACCUUGUUCAGACCAAUGUGUACGUUAAUGGUGUAGGGAACAGGGAGCAAAGGAUGAGCCUUUGGUUUGAUCCCACCAUGGACUUUCACUCUUACUCUAUCCUUUGGAACCAACGCCAAGUUGUGUUCCUAGUGGAUGAUACCCCAAUAAGAGUGCACACCAACAUGGAACACAAGGGAAUCCCUUUUCCCAAAGACCAAUCCAUGGGUGUAUAUAGCUCAAUCUGGAAUGCUGAUGAUUGGGCCACACAGGGUGGCCUGGUCAAAACUGAUUGGAGCCAUGCACCGUUUGUUGCCUCCUACAAAGGGUUCGAGAUCGACGCGUGUGAGUGCCCCGUGUCGGUGACAGCAGACAAGAUAGCCAAGAAAUGUAGCAGCACCGGUGAGAAGAGGUUCUGGUGGGACGAGCCGACAAUAUCAGAGUUGAGUUUGCACCAGAGCCACCAACUCGUUUGGGUGAGAGCCAACCACUUGGUCUACGACUAUUGCGGCGAUACAGAUAGGUUCCCGGUCAUGCCGGUUGAGUGUGAGCACCAUCGCCACUAGUGGGGGCAAGAGCAAACUAUGGCAAAGGGGUUCAUUUGGGCACAAUCUGUACGGGGGCACAGGGGCAGUUGAAGAAUCAUUGUCAUAAAAACAAACAUGUACUCCAUGUUUUCAUAUUUUGGUCUCUUUUUAGUUUAUUCCAGAUUGUAUGAAAAUUCCAUUAGAUUAAUGAUAUAAAAUCUUAGUUUCUGUUCCA